CAUUCAUCCGGCAUUCUUUUCGUCUCGAUAAUCUUAUUAAAUCCUAAGCCUAUAUCUCCAAGACAUUUCCAAACUUCAAUAAGGAUAUCAUCCAGUCCUACGGCUCUUCCACUUUUCACUUUUAUAUGUGAGCAUCUUAUAGAUUAUUAAGGUCAUAUCUGUAGCACUAUAUCUAGUACUCAUGAGGAGAAAAUGAAGCCAUGUGUUCGCUCCAUACGUUUUUCACGUCAUUUGUGGCCUAUUGUUUUUCCUAAGAUCUCGUAUCAUCAUUUUGUGUGCUAAACUCUUCUUCUUUUUUUCUUUCAAAUUUCCACUAAUAUGAAAUAUCAUCACAUUAUGAAACAUUAUCCCUUUCACAACGUGUAGCAUCAUUGUGUUGCUUUCAAUACUAAACACUUACUGAACACUUUCUUGCCUCAUUUUUUGUACUCCUAAAUGAUUUUCCAUGUCAUUGACAGCCUAAAUGAUUUUUCCGUAUUUAGGACCAUAAUUUUAAUGAAAACAAUACCAUGAAAUGUUAAGAAUUAUAUACAAGUGAUUGUUUUUCCCUUUUGUAAACAGUAUAGAUGCAUGUUUGUUGAUCAUUAAGGAUGGUUGUGCACUAAACUCAUUUCACAUACGCUUUUCUUAUGUACAUCAUGGAAAUUGAAUUCUUUAUAUAUCUCUUUGCCUUAUAGGAUGCUUUGCAUAUUCUUUGAUCACUAAUUUAAUCUAAGUGCCUAAGGCCCUGCACCACAAGCUAUAUGUGAAUAGAGCUAUUGAAGUUUUCCUAUAAGUACUACAUGUACAUAAGUUUAGACUGUUUAGUCCUUCCCCGAUAUUUUCAUGGGGAAUUGCCCUCAUAUUAUUUGGAACUAUUCUGCCAGUUUUUAUUUUGGAUACAUGCCAAUAUCAGGACCUCUCAAGGUGUUUAUCAACCCCACAAAAUUAUGAAGGCUCUAGGGAAUGCCAAGCCCAACUCCACUGCUUCUGUUGCAGAGAGAAACCCUCAAGACACAUCUAGACUUGAAAUCAAGCGACCUCAACCUCAUGAUCCCACCAAGAAAGAGGAUGAUGUGGGACCACAGAAGAAGCACAAGAAAGGCAACCUUGUUGUUAAGAAACAAACUGUGAUUAAGGAGCAAAUGCGAAAGCCAUGCUCCCACUGUAGGAAUCCUGGGCACAGAUCUUGCAAGUGCUACAGGAAGAUUAAGAAGAAGCCGAUCAAGCAACAAGAGACGAUGGAGAUUGCAAAAGACGCUUCCACAUUACAACCAGAGAGAAUUGAGAAGAAGCUGAUCAAGCAGCAAGAUACAACGGAAAUUGCAAAAGAUGCCUCCACAAUACCACCAGAGAGAUUUGAGAAGAAGCCGAUCAAGCAACAAGAGACAAUCGAGAUUGCAAAAGAUGCUUCCACGUUACAGCCAGAGAGAAUUGAGAAGAAACUGAUCAAGCAACAAGAGACAAUGGAAAUUGCAAAAGAUGCUUCCACAUUACAGCCAGAGAGAAUUGAGAAGAAGCUGAUCAAGCAACAAGAGACAAUGGAAAUUGCAAAAGACCCUUCCACAUUACCACCAGAGAAAAAUGAGAAGAAGCUGAUCAUGCAACAAGACACAAUGGAAAUUGCAAAAGACGCUUCCACAUUACACCCAGAGAGAAUUGAGAAGAAGCCGAUCAAGCAACAAGAGACAAGGGAGAUUGCAAAAGAUGCUUCCACCUUACAACCGGAGACGGAUAAUAAGCACGAGAAAAGGUCUAACCCGUUGACAACUCCAAGCUCUGAACCUGCUUCUGAUCAACUCCAUCCACAGAAGGAUCAACAGAAAGCCGAGGUCUCAAAUAACCCUUCUCGUCAUUCUCAUCAACUACCAUUUGAGCAUAAGAAGAUGGAUGCCUCUAAUAGAUUCCAGCCUAGUCUUCGUCCUCACCCUACACAGUGGGAUAGAGGAUCACCUGUACCCCCAGCGACACUUUCACAACAGUGGAAUCAAGGAUCGCCUGUACCCCCAGCGACACUUUCACAACAGUGGAAUCAAGGAUCGCCUGUACCACCACCGACACCAACGCGACACUGGAAUAGAGGAUCGCCUGUGCCUCUGCCACCUAGUCAACAGUGGAAUAGAGGAUCACAUGUAUCACCACCGCCAUAUACACAACAUUGGAAUAGAGAAUCUCCUGUAUCACCACGGCCACCUACUUGGAGAAACCACGCUCCAAUUGCUACACCAUCUCCACCACCUCAUAUGAACCAAUAUCUACCACCUUAUGUGGACCGAUAUCUACCACCUCAUAUGGACCGAUAUACACCACCACGUAUGGACCGAUAUCUACCACCUUAUGUGGAGCGAUAUCUACCACCUCAUAUGGACCGAUAACUCCUUAAACCGAGCCCUCACUAUCCUAUGUUCAACACUGCCAAUCCUCAAAAUAAUCAGUUUGGUCAAUUGAGGUGGUGAUAUAUUUUGGAAUGAUUAAUUUUAUGCCGAGGGUUUUUUUUUAAAGAUAUAAUGUACAUAUUUGGAAUAAGAAACUAUGUGCAGAUCUUUAUUCCAUUGGUCAGUUUUAUGUAUUGUAGAGCAUAGGAGUAGAGGCUGGUUGCUGAUUGUUUUUCUGUUGGUCGUUAUUCGUUUCGAAGCUGCUGUGAAUGGUAGAUGGAUAUAGAAACUGUUUAAAGUAGCAGACUUUUAACUU